GCGAAAUCCAAAUAACAGUCACAAAAUUCCCACACUCAUAGUCAUUGAAAUGAGUUAAUUCGACUGAUCUCUAUAUAUCUGGAUGGAACACUUCCAUUGAAUGCACCCGUAGAAGCUGCAAGUGGUCCAUUGGAUUUCCUUCUUUCCUUGUGCACCUCCAAUUGCUCAAUAUGGCGUCUCUCCGAUUCUGUGCUCCUGUCAUUCGAAGCGUUGCUCGUGUAUCACACCGUAGAUUCGCUUCUGCUACCGCGCCACUCACUUCCCCCAGACACCUACUAUCAAUCGCAGAUCUAACUCCGGCGGAGUUAACCACCUUGGUCCUCAAUGCCGCGAGUCAUAAGAAGACUAUCAAGUCGGGAACCACCCCCAAGAACAUCGCGGGUGCGUUGACCGGGAAGCUGGUAGGUAUGACGUUCAACAAACGAAGUACGCGGACAAGAAUUUCAACCGAGGGAGCCGUGGUAGCGAUGGGUGGCCAUCCGAUGUUCCUAGGAAAAGACGACAUACAAUUGGGCGUCAAUGAGAGCUUAUACGACACGUCGGUGGUCAUGUCCAGCAUGAUGUCGUGCAUAGUCGCUCGCGUGGGGCCCCAUAGCGACGUCGCCGAUCUCGCGAAGCAUUCCAGCGUCCCCGUCAUCAAUGCGUUGAGCGACUGGUAUCAUCCUCUCCAAACCAUCGCCGACUUCCUCACCCUCCACGAAGCAUUUCCUUCCGACAGAACCUUCCCCGUCGGCCUCGACCUGGCCGGACGGAAGAUCGCAUGGGUCGGGGACGCGAACAAUGUGUUGUUCGACCUGGCGCUUGGGGCGGUGAAAUUGGGCGUCGACGUCGCCGUGGCCACGCCGAAAGGAUACGGCAUACCCAAGAGCAUGCGCGACCUCAUUGCCGCUGCUUCAGAACCCACCCCGACGCCUGGCAAGAUCACCGAGCACGACGACCCCUUGGAGGCGGUGUACAAUGCGAAUAUCUUGGCGACGGACACGUGGAUUAGCAUGGGCCAGGAGUCGGAGAAGCAGAAGCGCCUCAGGGAUUUCGCUGGCUUCCAGAUUACCGAAGAGAUGGGCAAGCGAGGCGGUGCCAAGCCGGACUGGAAAUUUAUGCAUUGCUUGCCGAGACAUCAAGAGGAGGUGGCGGAUGAGGUCUUCUACGGGAGUAGGAGUUUGGUCUUCCAAGAGGCGGAGAAUCGGCUCUGGGCUGCAAUCGGUACGUUCUGGUGGAUUCGAACCCAAAAUCUCUAUGCUAACAAUGAUUUAGCGGCCAUUGAAGCGUUUGUUGUGAACAAGGGGGAGAUUCGAUGAGUUUGAGUGAGCGGUCGGUUGAAUAGCAAGCGUUUGCCUUGCACGGAUCAUGGGAAUAAGCGAUUCAUUUUUUCAGAAAAGCGUACUUAGACACAAGCCUGUUUACAAAGAUAUCCCAUUGCACUAGUU